GAUCUGAACGCGGAUGAUGAGGAGGAGUUUGUGAGAAGGCCUCUGAAAGUGAAAAAGAGUCGAUUUGAUCAAUCCUUGGUUUAUUUGACUCAGAAAUUCAUGGAUCUUGUGAGAGCAUCCCCAGAUGGUGUCCUUGAUUUAAAUGAGGUGGCCAAAAGACUUGGAGUUCGAAAGCGAAGAGUCUAUGACAUCACCAACGUGUUGGAUGGAAUCCACCUCAUUCAGAAGAUCUCCAAGAAUGUUAUCCAGUGGAUAGGUUCUGAUCUUCUUGGAAAAAUACCAGAGGAGCGGAUCCUGAGGGAGGAACUUUCUGACUUGUCAGCCAUGGAAGGAGCUCUGGACGAAUUACUCAAGAAAUGUGCUGAGCAGUUAUAUGAGCUGACAGAUGACAAAGAGAAUGCAAAUCUAGCUUAUGUGACAUACCAGGACAUCCGUAGCAUCCAGGCAUUCCAAGAACAGAUUGUGAUUGCAAUCAAAGCUCCAGAGGAAACCAGACUGGAAAUCCCCAUUCCCAAAGAAGAUUGCAUAGAAGUGCACGUGAAGAGCACGAAAGGACCCAUUGAUGUGUAUCUGUGUGAGGUGGAACAGGAGAAGCCAGGGGACAAACUCUGUGAAGAUGUGGACAGUGUCACCUUGGAAGCAGAGCCCUCGGUCCCUCCUGCAAAAGGGAGAUCUCUGGGGAAAGAGAAGCAGCAAACCACCUGA